UGGGUGUCUUUCAAAACGGUCCUGAGUAUGAAGAGAGGAUGAGAAGACCUUUCGUCCCACCUAAUUUUACCCUGAAAGAGCUGCACGACGCAGUGCCGAAGCACCUUCUCCACAGGAACCCAGCGAAAGCAACAUAUUACCUCCUGCGAGACGUUGCCUUUGCCCUUCUUCUCUACAGAUGCGCUUACUCCAUCACUCCUUGGGCAGAAUCUGAUUUCAGCGGAUAUAUAACAUCUCUUUUUACCAAGAAUAUUGUCAAGAGCGUCCUAUGGGCGGCGUAUUGGUGGUGCCAGGGGGUUGUCGGCGCUGGUUUCUUCUGCCUAGGACAUGAUCUCGGCCAUGGCUCUCUUUAUGAAAGCAAACUAACAAAUAGUGUGCUCGGUUUCCUGGUUCAUUCUGACCUCUUGAUUCCCUUCUUUUCUUGGAGAGCAACCCACCACGCGCAUCAUGAAGCCACUGGGUCUAUGGAGCGGGAUGAGAACUACGUUCCCUACACACGGAGCGCCUUCAAGCUCCCCGACGAGAAGAAAGCUACGAAGAUGGAUUAUGCCGAGGUUCUAGAAGAGACACCUCUUUUCACCCUCUUCCGACUUUUUACAAUGCAGGCUUUGGGCUGGUGGAUAUACCUUGCGCAAAACACACGAGGAUCGCCAAUGUAUCCUCCUGGUACCAAUCAUUUCAAUCCUCAUUCACCUCUCUUCAAGAAAGAACAACGAUGCUACAUCCUCUUGUCGGAUUUGGGAAUUGGUCUAAUGGCCUCCGUGGUUUAUGUCUUGGGGAAGGAAUUCUUUUUGUGGUACUACUUGAUCCCGUACAUGGUUGUCAAUCACUGGAUCGUGAUGCUCACCUUCUUACAACAUUCGGACCCAACCAUUCCGCACUAUCGGAAGGGACAAUGGUCCUUUCUUCGAGGAGCCGCGUGUACAGUUGAUAGGCCCUUGUUAGGCUGGAUGGGAAGGGUUUUCCUCCAUAACGUCGGACAUGAUCAUGUCGCGCAUCGUUUCUUCCUUCGUGCUCCGUUCUGCAAUGGACCCGAGAUCACCAAGGCUAUCAAGACAGUGUUGAAAGAGCAUUAUAACUACGAUUCAACAGCCCCUAUUUACGCGCUAUACCGGUCGUUCACGCAAUGCGUAUUCGUUGAAGACGAAGGAGAUAUUGUGUUCUAUAAGAACAAAGACGGUGUUGCGGUACGACAAGUGGAUGAAUCGUUCCUCCGUGAGAUGAAUCAAGAAUCAGAAAAUCAGAAGGAUAGAGGCGUCAAGUCUGCUUGUGCAUCAUAAA